AUGGCCGGGUCGACUCACUCUGUCCAGGAGAAGAAUUCGGAUCCUGCAUCAGAGCUUUCGGAUGCUGAUGAAGAAUAUGGGGGAACUGAAGCUCGCCGUAAGCUGGAGAAGAAGUUGUUGCUGAAGGUUGAUCUUAGGAUGAGCAUCCUCAUCGCAAUCUACAUUUUGAAUUAUAUCGACAGAAACAAUGCAGCUGCUGCUCGGGCCAGAGGACUCGAGACUGAUUUGAAAUUACAAGGACAAGAAUUUCCGACACUUCUGUCUAUCCUGUACGUAGGGUAUAUUGUGAUGCAGAUUCCCUCAAACAUGUUCUUGAACUGGAUAGCAAAACCAUCAAUCUAUCUCCCAGGCUGUAUGAUUAUAUGGGGCAUGAUUUCGGUGCUGACCGGCGUCGCGCACAAGUACGUUCCUUCUCAAGCAACAUAA